AAAAAAAAAUUAUUAAUUGUUUGAAAAAUCAUAGAUGUGAUAUGUAUAUGUAAGGUGGUAUCUGUUAACAGCCUGCUUGUGAAAUUCUGGAUCCACUGGAGCUGUUUCAGGACGCCAUCAGGAGGCUUUACAGCAGUUUAAGCAUGAUAAAACAGUGCAUCAACAUAUUCCAACUAAAUUGUGUCACAGGAUGUUUUACACUUUUACAAAGGCUUUGACCACUUCAAAUUAUGACAUUUCUAUCUGGCCUUCCUCUAAGCUUGCAAUGUUUGUCAGUGUCAGCUGUAACAUUCUAGUUGUGAAAAAUCUGAGUAUUUCCUUAUUUAGAUUAAUGUUUAGUUACAGAUUUGAGUGCAGCAUUGGUACAAGGCUGUCUUCAUGAGAGUGAGGGAAAAGUCUUGGUUCUUAUUAUGCCAAGUUUGCUAGCACUGCUAGUAGCACAACACAAUGAUUUUCUUUAUUCAUAUAGUCGUGCUUUCUACUCUUAUGGUCAGUUUUGGAAAACUGAAACUGUACUUUGUGGUACUUGUGGGAGGAUGCUGCAUUCCUCAGACUGUCAUUGUGGAGAAGCUAUGUAAUUAGUGUUAUGCCAUCCAUUCCCGUUUGCAAUACUACUCUCUUAUAUACUUCUGUCUGGAAGAUAGACAAUGUCUUCCAGGGCAGCUGGCGUUCAUCCUGCCAGUGAAGUAAUCCACUUUGAUUUCUUGCAGGCUUUGAACAUUCAUAUAUAUAUUUAGGCAUUCACUUUUUUAUUGGGCUUUGCCUGGUGCUUUCAAAUCUUAUUUCCACACUUUCACUGCUCUUGGUGCAUGUAAUGAACCCAUACAGCUGAACUGGACACAUGACAGUAAAGAUAACGAAGUAGCCUUUUACACUUCGCAAUGCACAUGCUUUCUGGGCACAGUAGCCAAUACAAAUUUCUCCAGGACAUGCCUGAUCUACGGACAUUGGUUAACUGCUCAGCGGAUGAAUGGCUUCAAUAUAUCUGUAAUCCUUGUAUUUUGGAUUUACUUUUUACACAUGUAAAUGAGUAUAUGCCGAUGAAUAAUGUAGUCUUUCGUGAUCCAGUUAUCCCUUCUUUUUUUAGUGUCGCUGUUGACAUGGCAUUUCAAGGUCACAGUUCAAGACAGGGUUAUCAGUUUGAGCCGACCUAUCGCCCAGGAGAGCCUAGGAGGAAACGGCGUAUGAGUAGCAGCAAUGACGGUGAAGAGCCAACAGUACAGCCUGAAGGCUAUAGCCUAGUGGACAUGCAGUGGUGCUUGUGUGGCCACUGCACAAUUAUGACCACAGAACGUGAAUGUCAUUGUUGUGCGUCAUCACCACGCGCGAUCGAAAAAUGGAGACAACUAAACUCGGGAUCAGAAAGUAACACAUGCAUCACCUUCCACCCCCAAUUUGAGACGGCUUGCUUAUUACCACACGUUCUAGAGCUACUAUAUAGGUAUCACUGUAUGCUUAGAGGAAGAUACCGACAUGCACAGUGGACAAACAGGUUGUACCGCCUGUUUGCUUACAGAGCGUAUGUCUUGUGGGUGCACAACAAUCGCAAACUUGGAUUCGGAAAUCGCAUGAUACUUCCCGCGUGUGUUGUAGCACGAAUAAGAGCUGAAUUUCCAGCUGAAGAAGAUGACUGUUACACUGGCUUUCAACCAUUUGAAGGACUAUGGAUUUUCUCUGAGCAUUGAUGUGGACUUCUGUUCAUCGAAGUUUGUUUAUCCUGCUGUAAUGAUUAAAAUAAAAGGAAUGCUGCUAUACAUUAAUGUAACACUCCUGAAUGUGCACUGUAAUGGAGAGCAAUAAAGUGUUUGAAGAUUAA